AUGGAGGAACCGCUGGCAGGGAGCGAGAAAUUGGAUGAUGAAAACGAGAAAGUGAUGUCUGCUGGUGAUUCGAAGAUAAUGCAACAUAAUGGUGAGGAGAAUGGUGAUACUAGUGCUCAAAAUAUAGCAGGCCAAAAUAGUCCGACAGCUGUGAUCGAUCUCAAAGAACUCACUGAAUCCGCUCUGAUGAAGAAAUUUGAGAUGUUAACGGUUGGUGGAACAUCGGCUGCUAAGCACAUUACCGAAGCACAGCGACACAAAUAUCUUUUUUGGGAUACACAACCGGUUCCAAAAAUCAAUGAAAUGGUAACGGAAAAUAGAGCCAUCGAACCUCCAUUAGAUAUCUCAGAAGUACGUGAAGAGCCGUUUUCAUUACCCGAUCCUUUUUGUUGGUGCGAUGUUGAAAUCAAUAGUGUCAAGGAGCUUACUGAACUGUACACAUUACUGACAGAAAAUUACGUGGAAGAUGAUGAUAACAUGUUUCGAUUUGAUUACAGUCCACAAUUUUUGCUUUGGGCUUUGAAAGCUCCGGGGUGGAUGAAGAAAUGGCAUUGCGGUGUUCGGGCGAAAGCAAGUGGAAAAUUAAUUGCUUUUAUUUCUGCUAUUCCUUCAGUUAUACGGGUUUAUAAUAAAAAAAUUAAAAUGGUAGAAAUUAAUUUUCUUUGUGUGCAUAAAAAACUUCGCUCGAAAAGGGUAGCACCAGUUUUGAUUCGUGAGAUCACCCGUCGUGUGAACCGAGAAGGCAUUUUUCAAGCGGCAUUUACAGCUGGUGUCGUCUUACCCAAGCCUAUUGCGACGUGCAGAUACUGGCAUCGAUCGCUGAAUCCAAAGAAGCUUAUUGAAGUAAAAUUUUCUCAUCUCUCACGAAAAAUGACGAUGCAGAGAACGCUGAAGUUAUAUAAACUUCCGGAGCAGCCCAAAACAGCAAAUCUGACGCCAAUGAAGAAAUGUCAUGUUGGUAGUGCGUAUAGUUUACUACAAUGUUAUCUAAAGAAAUUUGAUUUAUCUCCUGAAUUUACUCUAGCUGAUUUCGAGCAUUUCUUUAUGCCACGUGAGGAUGUCAUCUACAGUUACGUUGCUUUGAAUGAAGACGAUAAGAAAGUAACCGACUUAAUCAGCUUUUAUUCACUGCCUUCAUCAGUCAUGCAUCAUCCACAGUAUAAAUCAAUUCGUGCAGCAUAUUCGUUCUAUAAUGUUGCCACAUCAGUAACUCUUAAACAACUCAUCAACGAUGCUCUUAUUCUUGCACGAAACUGUGGAUUUGAUGUAUUCAACGCACUUGAUCUCAUGGACAACAAAGAAAUAUUGGAAGAUCUCAAGUUUGGUAUUGGUGAUGGAAAUUUGCAGUAUUAUCUGUACAAUUGGAAAUGUCCCGAUAUUGCACCGGAAAAGAUCGGUCUUGUGCUGCAAUAA